AUGAAAAGUGAGAAAGACUUAACUAAAGAACAAAAGGAAGCUAUUGUAUAUGGUCACCGUAAGAAUGACUCAUACCACACUAUUGUAGCUAAUGUAGAUUGUAGAAAGUCUAUUGUGGAUAAUAUUAUUCGUAGAUUUUGCGAAUCAGGAACUGAUAUUAAAUAUGUGAGUAGUCCUGUCAAGCAUAAUCCUAGUCAGAUGCACUGGAGUUGUUUUUCCUGGUAUGGAACUGGCCCUCUCGUCGUGCUCAAUAACUCUAUCACUGGAAAUGUGAAUCGUGAUCAGUCUUGGUUUCAACAAGGUAAUGCAAGACUGCACACUUUUAACGCCACUAGCAAUUUUUUCAAAGAAAACAAAGUUCGAGUGUUGGAUUGGUCCAUUCAAAGCCCAGAUCUAAACCCAAUCAAAAAUGCUCUUCGACGCAAACCAAAUUCAAGUAAUCUCAUUGAUCUUGAAUGUCUUGUUCAAGAAGUCUGGUGUGAUGUAUCAUCUGAGUUUUGA